UACGAUAGUCUGUUGGACGACUAGACUUCUCACGAAGUCAAAAACCAAGACAGAGUCAAGCUUUUACCCAAAGCCUUUCUAAAAACUGUUCGAUUUUCAAACAAACCCUAGAAUACACUCUUCCAAUUGAUAUCUUCUCGUCUUUUCACUCCAGUCCGACAGAUAACAUAUUUUUUCUUCUUGAAGAAAGUUAACAUGUCUAAAUCAGAAGACAUGUGGUGAGAAUCGGGAGAGUUGAGUGAGAGGGAAAAGAGCACCACUACCACCACCACAGACCCAACACUAAUAUUUUGCAGAACUUGUUUAGUCUAUUCAUUGCCCCACUCGACAGGAGGAGCUAGCCAAAUCAUUUUAAAGUUUACCUACCGAUGGAGACGAAUGUUGCAAGCAGUAAAAAGCAAGAGAAAUCUUCGCAAGGCUCCGUUCCCCGUAGCAGUCGGAAACAAGAUUUGACGUGGAACUAUGUUAGUGAAGCUGUUGAUUCAAAAGGGAAGAAAGUAACAGCAUGUAACUUCUGUGGUAAGCAAUACGUUGGCAUCGGUAGCAUGAAACAACAUUUGGCUGGACUGAAUCAAAGCAAAACUGCAUGCAAGGAAGUUUCUUCAGAGGUUAGAGAUUCUAUCAUAAAAUCCAUGAAAGAGAACAAAGAGAAAACGAUGGAUAAAAUCGUGGUGGAUCUUGAGAUGAACGACUAUGAAGUAAAGGAUGGUCAGAGUUCUCAACAAACUUGUACUUCCCAAAGUAGAAAAAGAAAGAGAGAAACAAGACCAGGAAAAGAAAAGAUGGCUGAAUCAGCAAGUCAACACAUUGAUCGCAUUAGGAGGACUAAGUUUUCUAUAGGCGGAGAGGAGAAUCCGUUGAUUGAAGAUCUUCAUCAAGCUGUGAAGAAUCUCUCAGCUGAGCUCUAUGCCAAGGAUGUUCACUUCCUCAUGGAGCUUAUCCAAAACGCUGAGGAUAAUGAGUACCCGGAAGGUGUGGAUCCAUCUCUUGAGUUUGUGAUUACAUCUGAUGACAUCACAGCCACUGGAGCUCCAGCGACUCUCCUCAUCUUCAACAAUGAGAAGGGCUUUUCUGACAAGAACAUAGAGUCCCUUUGCAGUGUUGGAAGGUCCACCAAGAAAGGCAAGCGAAAACGCGGUUACAUUGGAGAGAAAGGAAUAGGAUUCAAGAGUGUGUUUCUGAUCACUUCUCAGCCUUACAUUUUCAGCAACGGGUAUCAGAUUAGAUUCAACGAGUCCCCUUGCAGCCACUGCAGCCUUGGCUACAUUGUUCCCGAGUGGGUUGACCAACAUCCUUCUCUUGUCGACAUACAAAGGAUCUACGGUUCAGGCUCUCCUCUUCCGACCACAACCAUUAUAUUACCACUAAAAACUGACAAAGUACACCCGGUGAAAGAACAGCUCUCUAACGUCCACCCCGAGGUCCUCUUGUUCCUCUCCAAGAUCAAGAGCCUAUCCAUCAGAGAACACUGCCAAGAUCCCAACCUCACCACAGUGAACUCCAUCGGUAUCAUAACCGAGACGGAUUUCAAGACGAGGAAGAGCAUCGACGCUGAGUCCUACACCAUCCAUCUCUCCGCUAAUGAAACCGACUCAGAGAAACAAUGCAGCUACUACAUGUGGAGACAAAAGUUCCCGGUGAAACACGAGAACCGUGUCGAAAGAAGAACCGAAGUCCAAGACUGGGUGAUCACUCUAGCGUUUCCGCUAGGAGAGCGUCUUGGCCGUGGCCGCAGCAGCUCACCCGGCAUCUACGCAUUUCUUCCCACCGAGAUGGUAACAACCUUCCCUUUCAUCAUCCAAGCAGAUUUCAUCCUAGCCUCCUCUAGAGAAACCAUACUACUUGAUGAUAUAUGGAACCAAGGGAUCCUCAGCUGCGUUCCCUUAGCUUUCGUGAACGCGUUCACCACCUUGGUGAAAAAGACUGACGCUCCCAUCUCCACCUUGCUGUCUACGUUUAGGUUCUUGCCUGUGACUCAAUCCAGCUACGCGAAGCUGAACGCUGUUAGAGACUCCAUCAGGGAGAGAAUCUGCGGAGAGGAGAUCGUGCCGAGCGUGUCGCAUUUAGGACAGAAGUUCUUCCACAAGCCGUGCCAAGUCGGUCGGCUCAUCCCUGCUUUCUGGGACAUCUUGGAGAAAGCGAGGAGAGAAGGCGUGGGGCUACACAACAUAUCGUCCCACGGAGUCUACGUUUUGGAUCCGUGUUUCAACGGAAUGGAGAAUGAUAACGUUCUAGACUUCUUGUCUUUGCGACAAGUCAGCAACGAGUGGUACUCGAAGUGUAUCCAAGGGUGUGAUCUCGUGACAAGCGUAUCGGAAAGCACCUACGUGGAGAUCCUUGCGUUCGUAGCCAAGAACUGGGAGACAAGAUUCAAGAACACGAACAUGGUUAAGGUUCCUCUUAUCAAGUACCACGUUCAAAAGAAGGGAGCGAGUCAUCAUCUCAGCAGCUUGGAAGAUUUGAAACCUCGGACGUUAUGCCUCGUCGCGGAGAAGAACCAUGCAUGGUUACUCGACUGGAACGGUGAGUUUAGAUGCAUGUCUGAUUACGUCUUUCUCCCGCAAGCAACCAGGAAAGCGUUGAACGCAUCAUGCUCUACCGACGUGGAAGCGAUACGUAAAUGGCUAGGAGAGAAGGUUACUUUGAUGGAUAUAAGUGUCUCUCUCUACGCAAGAUGUCUCUUGCGUAAUCUUAAGACAGACAAGAGGCUUGUGGUUGCGUACGCACACUUUCUGCACCACUCGAUCUCCACGGAGUUUCUAUCGGUUGACGAGGCUAAGAAAUGUUGCGAAGACAUGCCGCUUGUGGACAACUACGGGGAUGUUAAGACUAGUAGUAGUUCUGGUGUUCUUGUUCCCGCCAGCGCGGGAAAAUGGGUUAGCUUAACCGGGUCGAAUCCUUGGAGGCAGGAGGGUUGUGUAGAGCUUUGGGAAGAGUAUAUGACGUCAGGGGUGUUCGCUGGUGGAAGUGUUCGGUCUAAACAGAGAGAGCUUCUUGGUUUCUUGAAAGAUUAUGCUAAAGCCGGAGAUGUACCUGAACUAGCACCACCAGACGCUGCUGUGCCUUCGUUGUCCGGAGCUCUUCAGAAACAGAAUGCUUUUCUUCUUUUGGAGUGGAUGAAAAGUCAUAGAAACUCUCUUCCUACAAAGUUUCUUGAUUCUGUCAGAGGAGGAAGCUGGCUGAGAACUAAGAUGAAUGGAAGCUAUGAUUAUAGGCCGCCUUCUCAGUCUUUUUACAAUACUUCAUCAUGGGGAAGCGUUCUGAAGAACGCAUCGAUUCUUGUGGAUGUACCUCUUGUUGAUAAGAGCUUCUAUGGUAAGAAGAUUGAGAAGUACACAGAAGAGCUGAAAGCUGCUGGUGUUAUGUUUGAGUUUAGUGAAGCAUGUAGGUUUGUUGGUACACAUCUCAUGAGGUUAGCUGGGACCUCUUCGCUGUCAAGAGAGAAUGUGUUUUCUAUUCUUAAGUUCAUCAGGCACUUGAGAGAGAAGCUGCUUUCACCUGAUGAUUUCAUCACGUCCAUCAAAGGUCGUCCUUGGCUGAAGACAACUUGUGGUGACAGAUCUCCGGAGGGAGCUGUUCUGUUUAGCCAAGAGUGGAAAGCUGCUUCUUUGGUAAGCGAGAUUCCGUUUGUUGAUGGAGAUGUCUACGGUGAAUCUGAGAUCAGUGGGUUCAAGGAAGAGCUGAAGCUGCUAGGCGUUGUGGUUGAGUUUCCUAAUAGUCACAGCCUCAUAGUCUCUCAUUUGAAGACUGAAAAGCUGAGCCAUCUUACAGCUGAUGCGAUGAUCUUAGUACUUGAGUGCAUGCGUAACCUGAGUUCUCAGCAUCUGGUUGAUUCCUUGAGAAGCUCUCAGUGCCUGAAGACAAAAGGCGGCUACAAAACACCUGGUGAAUGUUUCAUAUCUGAUCCAGACCAGACUUUCUUUCUGACGGUCUUUGAUGAUGUCUUCCCUUUGAUCGACGAGGGUUUCUACGGAAGCAGAAUCAGUUCCUACAAAAAGGAGCUAGAGCAGAUUGGUGUUGUGGUUCAAGAUGAAGAAGCUGUGAAAGCCUUUGUGAGAAUAUUCAAGCAGAAAGCUACCUCCUCUUCUCUAACACGAGACAACGCUUUGUCUCUUCUGUCUAGCUACAGGAAACUGAUGGGAAGCAACCACAAGUUUCCAGAGGAACUCAUGGAAAGCUACAAAGAGUUACAAUGGCUACACACAAAACUAGGUGACUUCCGUGCACCAAAGGAGUGCAUUCUCUUUUACUCAGAGUGGGAGCCUCUCCGUCUUAUAGCCAAUCUACCAUUCAUCGAUGACAGCGCAAAGUGGUACGGCAAGAGCAUACACAGCUACAAGAAAGAGCUAAAGAGCUUAGGUGUCACUGUUGAGUUGAAACAAGGCAUGGACCAUUUGGUUAGCUCCUUAACUCUCACUGAUGGGUCUAGUAGCAUGAUCACUCCUUCAAGUGCUCUGUCUCUUCUUAAGUGCGUCACGUUCUUGAUUGAGGAUGGUAAGAAACUCACUCAAGAGUUUCUGGACAAGGUUUCUGUAAGAUGGUUGAAGACACACGAUGGUUACUGCAGUCCCAAAGAGUGUCUUUGGUUUGAUAAAAGCUGGGAGCUAGAGCUCUGUGAUGGUCCGUUCAUCGAUGAAAAGUAUUAUGGAUCUAAGCUUAAGUCUUUCAAGAAGGAGCUUAUUGAGAUUGGAGUUGUUGAUGAUCAAGGCAAAGCUAGUCAGUUGCUUGCUACACACGUUUAUACUCAUUCCGAUACCGAUGCAAUUUCCAGGAUAUAUAGGUUUCUCAUUCAAUCUGAAUGGAAACAAGAGAAAGACUCGUUGUCUUCAGGCAGGAUUUGGAUCCCUAGCGAUGAGAAAUGGGUAGAUGUUUCUAGCUGUGUGGUCCGUGAUAAAGACAAGCUCUUUGGAUCACACCUGAACGUUCUUGAAAACCAUUACAUGAGUGAUGACCUUCUUGACUUCUUCUCAUCUGAAUACAACGUUAGAAGAACACCAUCGGUUAAAGAUUACUGUGCUUUGUGGAAAGACUGGGAAACAACAAAAGACAGAUUAUCAUCCCAUGAGUGUUGUGCGUUCUGGAGCUUCCUUGUGGGACACGGUAUAUCCGGGGACCUACUCUCUGAGUCCUUCUCUCGUUUGCCCGUAAAGACACCAGAUAGCAGCAGUGAUCACUUAGGGAUCUUGUUGUCUAGCAAAAGUGACGUGUUCGUAGCUGAUGACUUGCUCUUGAAGGAUCUUUUCAUCGACUGCCCUGUCUUCGUAUGGUACCCUACACCAAGCAUCUGCGCAUUGUCACAAACGAAGCUCAUGGAGCUUUACAGGAAAUUAGGAGUCAAAGACAUCUCCAAAUGUGUCGAGACAGCAGAAGCUAAGUUAACAGACCGAGUCAAAGUCAAGAAGCGAGACACUAGUUUGAUCGGACCGGGGCUAGUUAGGCUGGUUUUAGGGUUUAUCUCUGACCCAUCUCUUAAGAUUGAAGCUGAGGAACGUUCUGCGAUCAUAGGGAGUCUUGUUAGCCUCAACGUUCUCCACACUACUCCAGAGACCAUCUCAACGGAUUACACUCUGACACUACCGUCAAAGGGAGAGAAGCUGAGCGCUAAAGCUAAGAAUGCGAUGAGGUGGGAGAGAGAGGAAGGAGUUGUUUAUGCGGAGAAGAUGAAGAAAACUUGCGGGAAAAGAAAGGUUUUGGAGUACGCCACGUGUUUCGCUGAGGUGAUUGCUAAAGGAGUGAUGAGCGGUAGAGAAGAUCUGAUUGAAAGGUUAGCAGAGCUAGUGAAGAUGGCUUACUUAGUUGAGUUUGAUGAAGACGCUUUAGAGUUUCUUAUGAAGUCCAAGAACCUUCAGGUCUAUGAAGAAGACGAGAAGCUCAUCUCAGAUGCCUUCUCCCGGAAGUAAAACUAGUCUCAGAUGCUUUCUUGUUUGGUCUUUUUAAGAGCUUUUUUUUUUAUCAAAUUAAAACAUUUACUUUACACAAACUUGUUACAAUGAGGUAAACAAACAAACCUGAAUGAAUCACAAUCUUGUUUGAUCUUCUUCAACCUUUUU